CAGCUUGCUCUUUAUAUAGUGAUGAUAUUGUCCCAGGGAACAUACACAACACUUCUCAACCGGACUCUUGACGUCGGCCAGAGGAAAGUUCUACAAUGCGUGAGUGCAUCUCAGUCCAUGUCGGCCAGGCAGGUGUGCAAAUGGGCAAUGCAUGCUGGGAAUUGUAUUGCCUGGAGCAUGGAAUCCAGCCAGAUGGUCAGAUGCCAAGUGAUAAAACGAUUGGUGGGGGUGAUGACUCCUUCAACACCUUCUUCAGUGAGACUGGUGCUGGAAAACAUGUCCCAAGAGCAGUCUUUGUUGACCUGGAGCCCACUGUCAUUGAUGAGGUGCGCACAGGUACCUACCGCCAGCUGUUUCACCCUGAACAAUUGAUCACUGGUAAAGAAGAUGCUGCCAACAACUACGCCCGUGGGCACUACACCAUUGGCAAAGAGAUCAUUGACCUGGUGCUGGACAGGACUCGCAAACUGGCUGAUCAGUGCACUGGGCUCCAGGGCUUCCUGAUCUUCCACAGUUUUGGUGGUGGCACCGGCUCUGGGUUCACCUCUCUCCUAAUGGAACGGCUCUCUGUUGACUACGGGAAGAAGUCAAAACUGGAAUUUGCCAUUUAUCCAGCUCCUCAAGUGUCCACUGCUGUGGUGGAGCCCUAUAACUCCAUCCUUACCACCCACACCACCCUCGAGCACUCCGACUGUGCCUUCAUGGUGGACAAUGAGGCCAUCUAUGAUAUCUGCCGUAGAAACCUCGACAUCGAGCGCCCAACCUACACAAACCUCAACAGGUUGAUUGGGCAGAUCGUUUCCUCCAUCACAGCAUCCCUGCGCUUCGAUGGAGCCCUGAAUGUAGAUCUGACCGAGUUCCAAACCAACUUGGUGCCGUAUCCUCGUAUCCACUUCCCUCUGGCCACCUAUGCCCCAGUGAUCUCCGCAGAGAAGGCCUAUCAUGAGCAGCUCUCCGUUGCAGAAAUCACUAACGCUUGCUUCGAGCCAGCCAAUCAGAUGGUGAAAUGCGACCCUCGUCAUGGCAAGUACAUGGCUUGCUGUCUGCUGUACCGUGGAGAUGUUGUUCCCAAAGACGUCAACUCUGCCAUCGCCACCAUCAAAACCAAGCGUACCAUCCAGUUUGUGGACUGGUGUCCCACUGGAUUCAAGGUUGGCAUCAACUACCAGCCACCAACCGUGGUUCCUGGAGGAGACCUGGCUAAGGUGCAGCGAGCUGUAUGUAUGCUGAGCAACACCACAGCCAUCGCUGAAGCCUGGGCUCGUCUGGAUCACAAGUUCGACCUGAUGUACGCCAAGAGAGCUUUCGUUCAUUGGUAUGUGGGUGAAGGAAUGGAGGAGGGUGAGUUCUCAGAGGCCAGAGAAGACAUGGCUGCUCUGGAGAAGGAUUAUGAAGAAGUGGGAACAGACAGCGUCGGAGAAGAGGGAGAGGAAGAAGGAGAGGAGUAUUAAAGCAAUCCCUACACAAUCUUGUCAAGAAACAUCACAGAUAGCUUUCAAAGCAGUAUUUUCACUGUAACAAAAUAUUGUUUAUGUUUCCUAUUGUCAUUUGAAAGCCGUAUUUGAUAUGUAGUUUAUGUGCUUUUUUCCCCUUCAUAUUUUACAGAUUUUGUUAUUGUUGAUAUUGGAAGUUGUCACUCUGUUUUUGUUUGUCUGUGUUCAGUUUAUGAAUAUGAGCAAAUCAUCCACAUGACUCAUAAGGCCAACCUCCAAGUGCAUAUGACAGUCCAUAAAGUUUAAUGUGAUAUCUU